AUGAAAGGAUACCUUAUAACUGAGUUGCUCAAGGGCCCCGAACAAUUGGUUCUGCGAACGGAUUUGCCCCCAGAAGAGCCGAAACAAGGAGAAGUUCAAAUCCAGGUUAUCGCAGCUGGAUUAAAUUUCUUUGAUAUUCUUCAGAUCCAAGGAAAGUACCAGUGGAAACCACCCUUGCCGUUCAUUCCCGGCUCAGAGUUCGCUGGAGUCGUGUUGCGCUCGACCGUACCCGAGUAUAAGCCUGGCGAUCGUGUAUUUGGUUCGAAUCAUUCGCUUGCACAAAUCAUCACCGCGUCGCCCCGCCAAAUCCAACCUAUUCCCAAAGGCAUGACGUAUGAACAAGCGGCGGCGUUCUAUAUCACGUUCCCGACCAGUUAUGCAGGACUUGUCGUGCGUGGCCAAUUGCAGGCUGGCGAAUACUGCCUUGUCCAUGCAGCGGGUGGUGGUGUUGGCCUUGCUGCUGUCCAGAUUGCCAAGGCGCUUGGCGCUACGGUCAUUGCUACAGCUGGAUCUGCCGAAAAGCUGGCCGUCGCCAAGGCGAACGGUGCAGAUUUCAUUGUAAACUAUCGAGACAAAAACUGGACUGAGCAAGUAAAACAGAUCACUCGUGGUCAUGGUGCGGACGUAGUUUAUGAUCCGGUCGGCCUAGUAGAAGACAGUACCCGGUGCAUCGCUUGGAACGGACGAAUCGUUGUUAUUGGUUUUGCCAAGGGCACGUUCGAGAAGCUGCCGACCAAUCGAAUCCUGCUGAAGAAUAUCUCGAUAGUCGGUCUCCAUUUCGGAGCAUACACGCAAUUUGAGCCGGAGACAAUUCAAUCGACCUGGGAUGGUCUGUACAAACUGCACGCAGAAGGCAAACUCGAUCCGGUCGUGUACCCCAAAUCUUACAGUUUGGAAACGGUCCCUCAGGCGAUGAAUGCCUUGGCCAGCAGAGAGACGUAUGGGAAAGUGAUUGUCAAAGUUAGCGAAGAAUCUAAUAGCACCAGUAAACUGUAA